GGUACAACCCCCACGAGACAGAUUGCAUGAAAGCAGCAUGGUGGAUGGGCACACACAACGUCGAAGUAGGAGUGGUCCCCAAACCAACAAUAACAGAUCCCCACGACGCAAUAAUCCAAAUAAGCCACUGCACGAUCUCCGGCAGCGACAUCCAACUUUACGAAGGCGAGCUCAACGAAAGCAUGGAAAAAGGCGACAUCCUCGGCCAAGAAGCAAUAGGCCUCGUGGAAGACGUAGGAGCAAAAGUGCAGACCCUCAAACCCGGCGACCGGGUCAUCAUCCUCCCAGUCAUCUCCUGCGGCAGCUGCAACGACUGCCAGAAGAAGCAGUACUCUCUGUGCGGGAACACCAAUCCAUCCCGGGACAUGGAAGCCGCGUAUAGGCAUCGCAUUUCAGGGAGGCUGGGCUAUAGUCGGUUCUGUGGUGGCUAUCCCGGUGAUCAGGCCGAGUAUUGUCGAGUCCCGAAUGCCGAUUUGACGUGCAUCCGUGCGCCGCGGGGAAUCGAUGCGCGGAAGUUGCUGGGAUUGAGUAAUGUCGCUACGACGGCUUGGCAUGCACUGGAACUGGCUGAAGGGCGCGAAGGCGAUGUUGUUGCUGUUUGGGGGUGUGGACCUGUUGGGCUUGCUGUGCAGCGGUUAGCAAAGCUGCGCGGAGCGAAGAAGGUUUAUGCUAUGGAUCGUGAUUCGCAGCGGUUGCGAAUUGCUGAGGAUUUCGGCAUGAUGCCGGUUGAUGUUUCGCUUCAUCAGGAGGUUGGGGCGUAUCUUCUUUCUAUUCAAGAGGACGGGCUUGAUCGGGCUAUUGAGGCGAUGUGCAGAAGCCUAGACAUGCUGCUAUGCGGGCUAUUUGGGUUGGAGCGGGAUAGCGGGGAUACGUUGGAGGAUAUCAUUCGAGCUACGCGAAAGGGUGGACAUGUCGCUUUGGUGGGGGAUUCCUUUUUUACCACGCAUGAUUUUCCCAUUGGGCCCAUGAUGCAAAAGGCAUUGACGGUGCGUGGUGGUCAAGUUUGUCCCCAGAAGUAUUAUCCUUUCCUGCUGGACUUGGUUGUCCAGGGGAAAAUCGACCCCUCGUGA